CUUACAUACCCAUUGGCUCACAGCGUAAAUUCAGACAUUUUAAUUGGCCUAAAGCACAGAUCCUAGUCACGUGUUAGUGGGUAGAGUGUGGGAUCAGAAAGAGAAAUAGACUCCUGAAAGAGAAAUCUUUAGCAGGGAGGGAAACCAGCAGUGAAACAGUUGACCUGAUUCUGACCUUUGAACCGUCCAAGAUGGCGUUCUCCUUCACUAGAAUGAUGUCCAGCCGUAACACGGCCACGCUGUUGGCCAGUCUGGGAGCAGGCACCAUGGCAACCUGCUACCUGAUGACUGACAGCAACAUCCUUUCCGCUGAAGAGAGGAGGAAGCUCUACCCACCCAGCGCUGACUUCCCUGACCUGAGGAGGCACAACAACUGCAUGGCGCACGCUCUGACCCCUGCUAUCUACGGCAAGCUGAGAGACCAGGUGACGCCUAACAACUGGACCCUGGACCAGUGCAUCCAGACCGGAGUGGACAACCCGGGCCACCCCUUCAUCAAGACUGUCGGCAUGGUGGCUGGGGACGAGGAGAGCUACAAGGUGUUCGCCGACCUCUUUGACCCCGUCAUUAAAGACCGACACAACGGCUACGACCCCAAGACAAUGAAACACCCCACAGAUCUGGACGCAUCCAAAGUAACUCUCUCUCUCUCACUCACACACACACACACACACACACACACACACACACACACACACACACACACACACACACACACACCGUAUAGUUCAUUGUCCUCAGAUGUAUGCACAAUAACUGUCCCGUUCCCUCCUCAGAUCACUAACGGUGUUUUCGAUGAGAAAUACGUUCUGUCGUCUCGCGUGCGCACAGGCCGUAGUAUCCGCGGUCUGAGCCUGCCCCCGUGCUGCUCCCGCUCGGAGCGCCGCGAGGUGGAGCGUGUGACCGUGCAGGCCCUGGCCGGCCUGAAGGGUGACCUGUCCGGACGCUACUACAGCCUGGGAGACAUGACGGAGAAGGAGCAGCAGCAGCUUAUUGAUGAGCACUUCCUGUUCGACAAGCCCAUCUCUCCUCUGCUGACCUCUGCCUUCAUGGCCCGUGACUGGCCUGAUGCCAGGGGCAUCUGGCACAACAACGAGAAGACCUUCCUGAUCUGGGUCAAUGAGGAGGACCACACUAGGGUCAUCUCCAUGGAGAAGGGAGGAAACAUGAAGAGAGUGUUCGAGAGGUUCUGCAGAGGACUCCAACAGGUGGAGAAGCUGAUCCAGGAGAGAGGCUGGGAGUUCAUGUGGAACGAGCACCUGGGUUACAUCCUCACCUGCCCCUCCAACCUGGGCACUGGACUCAGGGCUGGAGUGCACGUCAGACUGCCCAAACUCAGCAAGGACCCCCGCUUCGGUAAGAUCCUGGACAACAUGCGUCUGCAGAAGAGAGGGACAGGCGGAGUCGACACGGCCACAACUGGAGACACCUUCGACAUCUCCAACAACGACCGUCUGGGAAAAUCUGAGGUGGAGCUGGUCCAGUUGCUGGUUGAUGGAGUCAACUAUCUGAUCGACUGUGAGAAGAGGCUGGAAAGGGGCCAGGACAUCAAGAUCCCCGCCCCCAUCGUCCAGUUCAGGAAGUGAAACACCUGAGCCCCACCUCUGAGAGGAAGUGACCUGCUCUGCGGUUAGGGAGAGCAGGAAGUGAGGCGCCAGCGAGGAGGCCUGAUCCAUCCACUCGUGACCAAACUGAGCGGUUUGGAGUAAAGUAGCAGUAGUAUGUCAUUCUGCCCCCUGAACAAGGCAGUUAACCCACUGUUCCCCGGUAGGCCGUCAUUGUAAAUAAGAAUUUGUUCUUAACUGACCUGCCUCGUUAAAUAAAGGUUACAUUUCCACUAGUCCAGGUACAGGUGUUGGUGUAUUCCCCUUGUGGUUAAGGCUGGGGUUGGGGGUAUCAUAAUCUGAUCCUAGAUCUGUGGUUAGGAGCAACUUCUACCAGGAGCGAGAAAUCUUACCUGUAACACUAACCUCAAUAAAAAAAUCUACCUUAAUAAAACAUUGGAUUUCUGAUUCACAAAACGA